AUGAGCGAGGGGAAGAGAGGUAGUAUCCAAGAGGAGGGAGGAAAAAAAGACGGCGCAUCAUUCAGCACUUCAGCGGAGGGUAACAGCAUGUACCAAUCAAGUGCCAAGGAAGGGAACAACAAGUACCUAUAUAAUAAUGCUACCUAUGGAGGGUACGGUGCUCCAGGACGUGGGCUAAGCAGUCUGCAGAAUUUUGGCCCAUUGAAUACUUCCCACAGUGAUUAUCGUAAUGGUUAUCAAGGUACCUACCCUGGUGGGGGUUACGCCAAUAUGGCUUACCAAAUGGGUGGGUACCCAGGGGGUGGGAACCCAAGUGUAAGUUACGCAAAUUAUCAGAGCGGUAACUACCUGUACAGUAAGAAUGAGAAUUAUUUCUCGAAUUUUAAUAACGCUGGAGAUAGCACGAGUUACAAUUAUUCAAAGGAUUGUGGUGGGACUAAGGAAGUGCGUGAAGAGGAGGCGAAGAAGAAUAGCAAAAAUGACAAUAUAAAUAAUGACCCAUCCUCUAGUAAUGUAAAUAACGAUGAUAAAUAUGUGGAGAUGUAUAUCAACAAGGUGAAGGAGAUAUAUUACUUUCACGUGUUUUACCAUUAUUUAAAAUUAGGGUACCCAGAAAAAGAGGCGUCCAUGGAGUCCAAGAAAUAUAUUUUUAUAACAUUGAGUCGGUACUUUAUGUUAGUUAAAAAUGCCAUUUUGUCAUCAGCAGAAUCGAUUAAGCAGAUAAAUAAUUGUGUAUGUUCAAAUUUGUCCUACUAUCAACAGCAGACAAAUCUUCAGGAAUUUUUGCUCAAUCAGCAGGUGAAUUUACAGAGUAUGAAUUUAGGGACGCUGAACAUUGGGAGUAUUAAUUUGCCUUUGAGUGACCAUGAGAAGUUGGGUGAUUUGUCCAAACUGAACUCUGGUGAGGUCAGUGGUGUGAGUGGUGCGGGUGGUGCUAAGACGACCCAGGGGAAGGACUCCACUGAGGUGCAGAGUGGAGCCAACCCAAACAGUGUUUACAAUAUUAAGGCAGACAAAAUUAAUAAUAUGAUUGAUUCAAUUGAAGAAAUGAAAAAAUUAAAUAAAAAUAAAAAAAUGAAUAUGUAUGGUUUAGAUGAACAUAUGAGUGGAGUAGAUGAAGAGGCCAAUAAUGGCUUAAAUAACGCUAGUAAAAAUGGUGUAGAUUAUGCCUUUAACAAUAAUGAGGAGGGGAAAAAGAAAAUAAGCUUUAGCUUAAACAAGACGAAAAAUAAAUUAUUUCAAAUGUAUAAUAGGGUUGGGACUGACCAUAACCGGAGGACUGCCAAUGAGGAAGUUGGCGAGGUUAGACAUUUGGGUGAUGAAGGUAGGACAAACGAGCGGAAGGGACAGGGUGGUUUAUAUUCCUCCAAUUCAGUUACAAUGCAAGAUGCAAGUCAUGUCACAGGGAAUAAUUUUGCUAAUAUGUUUCCAUAUGAUCAGCAGCGGGGUCGUAAUGAUGGUAGUGCUCCUUUGAGUGGUGAUGCGACUAGCGCAAAUGACAUGAGCGAGAAAAAUCAAAUGAAGCAGGUUACUGGGUUGUAUGGAAACCGAGGAAGAGACAUGAACGGAGAUGAUCAGAGCUUGUAUGGAAAUGUUAAUUACUCCUCGUAUGGACGAGAGCAAGAGUCUCAUUUGUACCCAAAUGGGAUGAAUGUGAAAGGGAGUUAUGACACGAGCAAUAAUCUCCUUGGGCGAAUGGGUCAUCGGGGUGUGGACGGCAAGGAGCAGUUCGUGGGAGGCGUUAAGCAGAGGUAUGACGGGAAGGUUACGGCAGGUGAUGAAGGCAGCGACGUCGAGGAGCGGCAGCAAGUCUUGCAGCAUGCGAGGGACAAUCGGUUAUAUAAAGGUGUGAACGACACAGGUCGCGCGACAAGUCAAAGUAUUAGGAAAGACGCUAGUGGCAGGUAUAGAAUGCAGAAGGAUGGUAAUCAGGAUGGGGACUACGACGGGGAUAACCUGGGCAGUGGUAUUUUGGGCAGUGGCAUUUUGGGUAGUGGCGUUUUUGGAAGCGGCAUUUUGGGCAGCGGCGGUAGCAGGUACCCCCAUGUGGCGAAGGGUCAGAAGACGACUGCGGAGGAGGAACCCCCCGAUGAAGUGAAAAAGUGUGACACCUUUAAGAUGUACAUAAAUAACAUACAGGAGGAGUUUAAGGAGGAAUGCAAGAAUGCCAAUUUUUCAAGGCUUUUGAAGGAGUUCAUAAACAGGCUAGUAGCAUUGAACAGGAAGAGAGGCGCGAACACGAGGUUCUGGAGGUUCAAUGUGAUGCCAACGCAGGAGGAUAUCCUCUCCAUGGACGUGCUCUUUUUCAAUCGCAGAAAAGCUAAGAAGCGGUACGCGAUGAACGACGAAGACAACGACAUGGAGUACGGCAUCAGUUUCAGUGACAAGAAGAAGAAGUUAAGUGCAGAAGAAAUUGAAAGUAGGGAUAGGAGACUGGAAAAGUAUGGAGAUGUGUCCAAGGGGAAGAAGAAUGAUCAGUCAGACAAUUCCUUUUAUAUUGAUUAUAACGGAGCGAACGACAUGGAUAAUAGUGACUACAUCACUCUGGAAAAGUUACUUGACAAAUACAAUUUCGCUAGCUGCUACAAGAAUAAGAAUUUUGUGGGGUUGUGUAAGAGCAUUCAGAAGUUUUUUUUUAGGUUGACGUCUCUCCCGGAAAGGAAAAAUGUGAGAAGCUUCUCCGUACUCAAGUGCACGUACGCGUACGUCCUGCACAAGUACAACCAGGACAGGAACUACAAGUACAUCAACGAGCAGUUCAGAUCCAUGCGCCAAUGUAUGAACAUUCAGAAUAUUUUCCACGAUGAUGUUAUAAACAUAUAUGAAACUAACAUUAGAAUUUGUAUCGUCAACAAUGACCUGUUUCAGUUUCUGCAAUGCAUUAAUAAACUGUUUGAGUUGUACCAGCGGCUAAACAUCAAGAAGUCGAAGGUCGAAUUUCUCUGCUACAAGCUGAUCUAUCUGACCCUUCAGAACAUGCACCAGGAGUUCCUCGUGGAAUACCUAACGCUAAGCGACGAGGAGAAGAACCAUGAGAACGUGCAACUGUGUUACUACCUAAACGAGUGCAUAAAAAAUAAAAUGUAUUUAGUAAAUAUUAACAUGGUGUCUCCCUUAGACGACGAGGUCAACCAUUCAUAUAUAUACAAAAGAGUGUUUAUAAAUGAUCACAUUUUGACUUAUUUACCUAACCUAUUGGGGUUGAGCGAGAACCGAGAUCUGAAUGUGAACUUGGAAUUGCUAAUCGAGUUUGUGAAACAGCACAGUGAAAUGAAAACUGAGGAAGUAGAAUGCGUUGAAGAUGGAGGUGUGAAGAAGGACGGUGUUAAGAUGCCCUAUCUGACGAACUACCUGAUCGUUCUGUUUCUGCCCAAGUACAGGCUCCUGGCGCUCAUAAAUAUAUGCAUGACGAGCAAUAAGGUUGGCAUAUCGACCUUGACAAAGCUGCUGAAUUUCCAGGACGACGAAACGUGUCUUAGUUUCCUCGAAGAGGUAAACACCAUCAUGAAGAAUAACGAAGUGAUAAGCAAGCCCUCCCUGGACAAUCUGAUGAAGUCGCCGCUGUUGAAGAAUAAGUACAUUAAUCAUAUUAGGUGA